AUGUCGUCGAAUAGUUCCAUGGUUGAGGUGUUGGUAUGCGACGAAGUCGCCCAAGCAGAUCACUGCGACGCCGAACACUGCCGGCACGGCAAAUCCAUCACGGUCUAUGAAAGUCAGGGGACCGUGUGGAAGUGCAAGCUUUGUAAGCGUCAUUAUCACUACCAAUGUCUAGAAGGAACAAAAAGAAAAUGUUCUUUCUGUGGAGAGUCGAGCGAAGUAGAGGUUGCUUUUUUUGUUCAAGAACCAAAUCGUUCCGACCGGUGGGCCACGGUCUUUGAGGGGAAACCAUCGUCUCCACGGCGAGCCACAACAAAGGAGGAAACAAAAAAAACUGCAUCUACAAGAGCCAUUUCUCGCAACAAGCAAGUAAUCCCCAAGGCCCCGGAUUCAGUGGAUGUUGUGGUGGUUGAUGGUAAAAGUGCACAAGCAACAUCCACUAUGUCCAUUACUAGUAGUAAUGCCGCUGCAGCAUCUGAAGUGCCACUUGGCCAGCAAGAAUCCAACGAGCCACAAGUCUCAGAACGGCCACUGAAGCUACAAGGCGCUGCAGUUAGACAGAAUGACAAUUCACAAAAUGACAAUGCUAUGGUGAUUACUCUCGUGGAUACUAGUAGCCAUGGACUGGACGAUGAUCAAGACACGACAACUGCAAAGAAUGACAAGGCACCCACCAAAGCACCGGUCGAGGCUAGCAACAUUCCAGCUGACGAACAAUCGCCGGUAGGAGUUUCUAAUGAGCAAACACAAGAAUCCUCAGGUGACGCUCGCAAAACAUCAGAGGUAUCAGAUGAGUCUAUGGAGGAUAAAGAUGCAACAAAACCCGAGUCCUCCAACGGUCAAUCCACAGCUCUCACGGAUGUUGCAAUGGAGGAUACCGAAGAGGAUGACGACGAUUCAUUAGUAGUUUGGAUCAAGCCACCGUCCAAAAAACGACAGCGAGAGGGCGACACACCUCAAAAUGAAGCAAAAAUCACUGUUCGGGCAGCCAAAAACCACAAAGUCUCCGAGGGACAGCCAAACAACCGCCUUUCGCAAAAAAGACCUGCCCAGCGAAACGAAACCGUCGUCGUUCGCGAAGAGUCAAACAAGAAAGACGGUUGGGGACCGACAGCAGCAUUGGGCGCAAUGACGCAAGCCGUGGGAAACCUGAUCGACAAUGGGAAAAGCCUCAUCGCAAACAGAAAAGGUUCUGCCAAGAAAAAACGAUCCAAUACCAGAUACGGGUUAAGGUACGACUCGGAUUCUUCCUACGAAGAAGACACACCAGUCAAGAAGUAUAACAAAACAAAGCUCGAAACGAAACCAGAGUCACAAUUCACAGCACACCAGCGGCGAUCAGCUCGGAAUCAUCCCACCAGACCAACCAACCAAACGCUGUGGCCCGAUCACGUCUUGAUCAACCUAUGUGAUAUCAACAUUGAGGAUCCCGCCAUUAUCAGCUUGGGUACAGCCAUUGCUGCGGAUGCUACCUUUACGAAAGAACACCCGUAUCCUGUAUUCACUGCUUCCCCACUGGAACACGACCAAGAUGCCACGAUUCUGAACGUUUCGGGACCAGAUCCCAAGAAAGGGGGGUCGAUUUUGACUUUUGCGCACUUUACUAAAUUAGUCUCUCAGGGCCAAUUGGUAUCUGGGGACGUAACAACUGCCUACCUGUCGAUGCUGUCGCGAUCAUUGAGUCAAAGUGGAUUCCCAGUGAAAACCACAGGUGACUUUGUGUGGGGCAACCUUCAGCGCAUAGCAAAGGACAAAGGCGAUUGGAAGAAAGUGUGGCCCACGGUCUUGCAAAAGCAAGGUGCUCGAAAGACGCAUUACAAUUUGAUAGAUGAUACGGAAGCAAUCACGGUGCUGCAGCUGUUCGAAGGAAACAGCAAAGCCGGUCACUUCGCUUGCGUGGUCAUAGACCGAAGAGCUUGUAAAUCUGGCAUCUUUACCUUUUUGGAUUCGGGCAAGGCUUACAAAUUCACCAAUAUGAGACGCAUGCGCAAGUGCUUCGAGGACCUUGGCUUUUCCAAUCAAAACAGCAUUUGGAUCGAUGCAAAUGUUCCUCAGCAGGCGUUUGGAACCAAUGAUUGUGGUGUUUGGAUGUGUAUGCUGGUUGCGACCUUUCUUCGUGCUCUCAAGAGAAUCGGUGUUGGAGCAGAGUAUCGCAAAGUGACCACAUCAAUCACCUCGGGGCGUCUUCAACAGCAGGAAGCGUCCUCGUGGUUCAUAGUCGAUGGAAACCUGACGGAGGAAUUGGUUGGGUGGUGCGGUCGCGCAUAUAUUGGAGAGAGUCUGUUCCAGGGAGACGUGCUAUUGAACCAAUCCAAAGUCUUGGACAUGCUAGACUGUCACAUUGAUGUCACUGUGAAUCUCUAA